AUGCAAAAGGAACUGGCAAAAUUUAAACUUGAAGGUGUUGCCAAAGAGACGGACGACCUGCAGAAGAAGCUCACUAGAGUGGUAACAAGUAGCCAAAAGGAGAAUAAGAAAACUGAGCGAAUCUUCAAAGAGAGUUGGGACCUGGCCACGUUCAUCGACAGGCUGCAGAGGAACAUCCAAGAAACGGUUGAAAAGGCAACAACUUUGAAUCAGACUUUGGAUGAAGAUUUCCAGCUGCCCAGCUUGAUGCUUGAGAAUAUGCAGCGGAACAUUUUAUCUUCGCUCAAAACCAUACAGAAAAGGCACUUCAUGCAGUUGUACCAAAAUGUCACCCUGGAACUCAAUGGACAGCUGCAGGCGGCCAGGACACUGGUGAAGGACGCAGAAGGAAAGAGCCAGGAAAGCGACCGUCUGCUGCUCGUGGCCAGCGCCAACCUGAGAGAGUUUGAGCUUUUUCCAGAUGUUGUGAAAACAGAGACACCCCCCACCCCGUGCCUGUCAGCAAGGGAGAGCGGGAGGGGCAUGGCUCUGUUAGUGGAAAGAAAAGUUAAAGAUGUGGAAACACAAGCCAACCUUCUAUUUGAUCGGUUGAAACCUUUGAAGAUUUUAGAAGAGAAUCUGAACACAAACCUUUCCGAAAUUAAACUGCUGAUCAGCCAGGCCCGGAAACAAGCAGCUUCUGUGGAAAGAUUUCAAGGUGAUAAGGUCGUUGUCCUUAAAGAAUUAAAUCUCAUGUCUGGUGUGGAACACGCUUACCUGAGCAGUGCCCUGGCCCUCCAGUGCAGGUCUGGUGUGGAACACGCUUACCUGAGCAGUGCCCUGGCCCUCCGGUGCAGGUCUGGUGUGGAACACGCUUACCUGAGCAGUGCCUUGGACCUCCGGUGCAGGUCUGGUGUGGAACACGCUUAUCUGAGCUGUGCUCUGGCCCUCCGGUGCAGGUCUGGUGUGGAACAAGCUUACCUGAGCUGUGCCCUGGCCCUCCGGUGCAGGUCUGGUGUGGAACACCCUUACCUGAGCUGUGCCCUGGCCCUCCAGUGCAGGUCUGGUGUGGAACACACUUAUCUGAGCAGUGCCCUGGCCCUCCAGUGCAGCUCCCAGAAUGAAGACUCUUCCUUCCAUUCUGAUGGGAGUGGGUACUCUCUUGUGGAGAAGACGCUUAGGGCGACUGUGACCCAGAUAAUAAUGCUCUUCAGUACCUUUUCACCCAAUGGACUUCUUCUCUACCUGGCUUCCAAUGGCACAAAAGACUUUAUAUCCAUCAAGUUGGUCCACGGCAGAGUGAAAGUUACUGUUUACCUGGGUUCGGGACCCCUUGCUCUUAUUACGGACAGAUGUUACAACAACAUGACCUGGUACAAAAUUGCCUUUCAGCGAAACCGGAAACAAGCUCUCCUAGCGGUCAUCACGUACAACACUAGUUACAAAGAGACUAAGCAAGGCGAGACUCUGGGAGUAUCUUCUGACCGCAAUCAUCUAGAUAAGGAUCCCAUUUAUGUGGGUGGAUUGCCUCGGUCAAGAGUUGUAAGGGAAGGAAUCACCAGCAAAAGCUAUGUGGGCUGUAUCAAGAACCUGGAAAUAUCCAGGUCGACCUUUGAUUUACUCAGAAAUUCCUAUGGAGCGAGAAAAGGUUGUAUGUUGGAGCCCAUCAGAAGUGUUAUCCUCUUGAGAGGCAGCUACGUUGAGUUGCCAUCCAAGUCUUUGACCCCAGAAUUGGAAUUGCUGGCCAUAUUUGCUACCAAGAACAGCAAUGGCAUCAUCCUGGCUGCCCUUGGCAGGGAUGCGGAGCUGCAGGGUCCUGGGCAGGCCCACGUGCCCUUCUUCUCCAUUCUGCUGAUUCAGGGCCAUGUUGAGGUUCACAUCAGUCUUGGGGACAGGUCCAGCCUGAGGAAAGCCCUCCUACACUCUCCCACAGGCACCUACAGCGAUGGACAGCCGCAUUCCAUCUCCUUGGUUAGGAAUCAGAGAAUUAUCACUGUUAAAUUGGAUGAGACCAAUCCUGUGGAAAUUAACUUGGGUCCAUUAGCAGAAAGCAGGACUAUAAAUGUGUCCAACCUGUACAUAGGGGGCAUUCCUGAGGGUGAGGGGACCUCGGUGCUCAGAAUGAGAGCUCGUUCGUUCCAUGGCUGCAUCAGAAACCUGAUCUUUAACCUGGAACUUUUGGAUUUCACCAGCGCAGUUGGCUCUGAACAAGUGGACUUGGACACCUGCUUGCUUGCACAAAGGCCUAAACUGGCUUUUCUUGGCAAGGACGGGGAGUGCCUGCCAGAGCCCCAGGUGUUCCCGGAGCAGUGUGCUGUUUACGCCCCUCUAGAGUAUGUGCCCGGCACCCACCAGUUCGGCCUGACGCAGAGCAGCCACGUGGCAUUGCCUUUCAAUAAGUCUGGCAUCAGGAAGAGCGGCCUUGUCUAUUACGUGGCUCACCAGAACCAGGUGGACUACGCCACGCUGCAGCUGCACGGCGGCCACCUCUACUUCAUCUUUGAUCUCGACAAAGGCAGAACAAAGGUAUCCCACUUGGCGCUGCUCAGUGAUGGCAAGUGGCACACGCUGCUGUUGUUGCAGUUUGAUCUCAUUGUGCUUUGCCUUAAUUUGCUUCACCUGGAAAAGCAGCUGGUACACUGGCUAACUUCAUAAACAUUUAGAAGUGAUGCCCAUAUCCUUUAAAAACUCAAAAAGAAAAAAAUAAGAAAUUUAAAAGAUGCAGUAUUCCCAGCCCUGCCUGUGCUGCCGGGUGAGCGGCGGCCGCCCCGCGCCCGGAGGUCGUUCCCUCUCAUCCUCCCGGUCGCGGAGAGGAGGCGGCGGUAGCGGCCGGAGCCGGGCGGGCGGCCUGAGGUGGGAGCCCAGCCGGCC